GUCGUCAAAUACUAUAAUAAUCUAAAAAAUAACUAUUAUCACGAAAUAUUAUGACAUAGUCAUAGACUUUGUCGUUUUCGAACGUUUGAACUCACUGCCCCGUUUUUUUUUAACACUUUUUCGAUAUGUCUAUCCGUCCCCCGUUUGUGCGAGAGAAUGAAAAACGUUGAGUUGUCGGCCAUUCGAUGAAAUCCACCGGCAGACUACACCUGCAGAGGAACAUCAGACCCGCCGUCGGAUCUGAUGGACCGAUGAAGCGACUUGGCGUGGACCUGCACAACCAGAUCGGGUUUAAGGGCCACAAGUACGACGUGAGGAGCUCGAGUUUCGAGAGUUCGGGCAAAGUAUUACCGUGGACAGGAUCGUCGUCUAAUGAUCUCAUAUCUCGACGUGGUGUGUUCAGCAGGCGUCAUUAUGGUUCUGUUGAAUUGUUGCCCCAAUUGGAUGCAUCUGGACAAGAUCCUGGAGGAAGAAGAUUUCGUAUCGAGAAUGGUGACUCCCUUGGAGAAAAAGAAGAGAUAUUUGGAUCUCCUUGUACUCCAGUUCUGGAAAAUCCAGAAUUUCAGACAAGAUGGUACUUUAAAUAUUUUUUGGGAAAACUGCACCAGAAUUAUGUAGGAUCGGAUGUGGAUAAGUUUCCAUUUUUUUUAUCCGUUGUGCUGACGGAUGCUAAUCAUCAGUGCGUGCCUCAGUAUAGAGCAAUUUUAUGGCGCAAAACGGGAGCACAAAAAAUUCUAUUACCUCAUACACCACAUAAACCAAUGACAGUCAAGCAAAUUUUAAGUAAUUUCCCGGCAAUGGAUAAGUUAGAGAAAGGUCCAAAGGAAAUAUUUUCUCCGGAAAUUCAAAAGGAUUUGCUACUUUUGGAAGAGCAAGAAGGAUCAGUGAAUUUCAAAUUUGGCGUGCUGUAUACCAAACCAAGCCAACUAACUGAUGACGAAAUGUUAAGCAACGAAAAUGGCAGUGAGGAAUUCAAUCAAUUCAUAUCUUUAUUAGGCAACCGAGUAAGACUGAAAGGAUGGGAUAAGUACCGAGGAGGAUUGGACGUAAAAGGCGACAUGACGGGCGAAUAUUCGGUGUACACGAUUUAUGAAGGGCACGAAAUCAUGUUUCACGUAUCCACAAUGUUGCCGUACUCGAAGGACAAUCGACAGCAGGUGGAACGCAAACGUCACAUUGGAAACGACAUUGUCAACAUUGUGUACGUGGACGGGGGUGCGACGCAAAUGUCUCAGUUCAACCCCGCGUUCAUCAAGUCACAGUUUACACAUGUUUUUGCGUUGGUCGCAUACGAUUCGAUGGAUAACAGCUAUAAGCUGGUGGUUUACUCCGAAGAAUCUGUACCAUUAUUCGGUCCAUCACUACCGUGUCCUCCAGUAUUUAAAGUGCCUCAAGAAUUUAGGGAAUUUCUCAUUGUCAAAAUGAUAAAUGGUGAAAAAGCCACGUUCAAUACGCCGACAUUUGCGAAAAAACGAGAACGAACACUCGACAUGCUCAUUAAAGACCUGUACUCAGACUACAUGUCGGAUUCUAGUAAAGUGGCGAUGUUGAACAGACGGGCGUUCAGCGACGUGCUACCAGACCCGCCACGCAGCUCGCGUCGCAAGGAAGAGGCCCGGCAGGUGGAAUUCGUGCGGAUCGGCCAGGCGCUCAAACUGGACACCAUCGUCAAAGGGGAUGCACCCACCAGCCUCGCCACCACGGGGCUAUUCAAGCGGGCACCAUGGGAGCCGCAGUGUUUCUACCCGGACUUUGGUCACGACAUCGUGUGCGGAGACUCGUGGGCCGACAGCCGACUAGUCAUCAGCACUGACAACAGUGGAGUGUUUGUGAUUGAAGACGGCGUAUCUCAAAGGCAAAUCUUCGACAAGACGAUACAAGCCAAUCAGUUGAACGUUGUGGAAGCUCACGGUAUACUUUUGUUCAGGACCGAAAAGGGGCGUGAUAGCAAGAUAUACGUGUUCAGACUGUCUGAGUUCGAUGCGGACGUACAAACUGAAGUAAAAAGCAAACCGGACCUCAAAGACCAUAAGCUAGAACGUACCAGGGGCUGUAGCAUGUACGCGAUUAGCAAACCCGGUGGUUCAAGGUUGAAAAUGGUAAUCUGUGUAAACCGCAAGCUGACGCUGAUGCAAUGGAAACACUCGGCUGCCUGGACGGCUUGGUGCCCGGCCAGCGAUACGGACACGGUCGAAGGGUUCAUGUAUCUGAGGGAAUUCCAAAUUGCCGAACAGCCAUCGAUCAUAACGUUAAUUGAGUCGGCGGUAGGUGGUAACUCAGACACGUGCAGUAUAUGCGUUGGAUAUAAACAUCAGUUCGACAUCAUCACCGAUGGGUCAGGCACCGCACAACGGUUGUUUGCCGUUCAAGAAGGCACCAAAGCUCACCUAGUGUCAGCCACCGAUCUCUAUGAGGACGAGGAGCCCGAGUUGCUGUUGUGCUAUAACAACACUUGUCAUUUUCAAAAACUCAGUGAGACAAACAAUACAACCGAAUUUGAUUUCCAUUGGAAUUCCAUUCCGAAGGACAUAGUUUGUUCUUUCCCAUACAUCAUAGCGUUUACCACGGAUACAAUGGAAAUCAGACUUAUAAUCAAUGGCAAUUUAGUUCAGACUAUGGCUAUGCCAAAACUAAAAUUAAUUUGUUCCAAGAACGACAUAUAUUUUGCAACUACUGCUCCGGAAUUUUUCCACGGUAAAAUGGAAAGACUGCAAAUGGACCAACAAAAAGCCGAACGAGAGAGCAUGUCGCCGCCUGCUUCGCCGCACUUGUCUCCGGAAACGAAACCGCUUCGCCUUUAUCGGAUACCUUUGAACGCACUCACCGGCGUGGUCGGUCCGUACGAUCGGAAGUGCGUGAACGAGGCCGACGACUCGAACGAGAAUAAAGCCGUUGAAAACCUCAAACUGUCGGAAAGCAAAUCCCGGACAUCGGCGAGCAGAAGUUGCACAGCCUCGCCGACGACUGGCCUCAACACGACUAAUCUGAUGCUGCACAAGACAUAAACGUUACAGCGGUCAUUACUCGCAAUAUAAAAUAUAAAUACAAAAAUAUCUUAACGCGUAAACCUACAUAAUAUUUUAAAAAAAAAAAUUGUUGUUACCGCGCAUUCCUCGGUGGCAUAUUCAAGCGGCCGUCCGCCACCACUAAUGAUCAACCGUGUUGUCCGCAAAACCCAAUGAGAAGAUUUUUUUAAUUUAAUUUAAAAAAAAAUUAACUCCAUUCUCAACGCCCAUACGGAUAUCGUAUAUAGGUACCUAUAUUAUUAUACACUACCAUCGUGGAGGAGGAUCGCGUCAUAUAUAUCAUAAUACGGUAUCAAUGCUGAUCAAGUGCAUUCGUGCCAAAAUUGCUUAGAUAUGCUACCUACUGCAGUUAUUUAAUACACCUAUUAUUAUUAAGAUUAUUAUUAUAAGCUAAAUAUUAUCAUCUAAUAAUCCUUCUAUAUUAUAUACAAAAUAUGCAUUUACCGUUUGAAUUUAGAAAACACAAGACAACGCAUAAAAUAAAUAAAUAUUUAAGUACCACAUUUCAUUACAUUACAAUACAUUUUGAAUCGUUGCGAAUCACUGACUUGCGAAAAGGAUUUCGACCCAUAUUCACUGCAUAUUUUCCAGUAUAGUGUAUCAAAAGCAUACACGUAUUCUGAUUAUUUUUUACAUUUUAAGAGUACCUACCUAUGUAACAUAAAAUGAAAUUUUGUAACACGCAUUACUUUACUCUGUCACUCUAAUAAAUACUCCUCGUCUAUUUAUUAGUUAAAACCUUAAAAUAUUGACAACUUCAAAUUUUUUAUCUUUUGAUAUUUUUAAAUACAUGAAAUUCGUGUACGAAUAUUCUAGAGAUCUCUUUAUUAUAGCAUUUAUAGCCUUUAUUUGUACCCCAAAUUAAAUUUAUCGACCCGGUUAAUGUCAAACAUUAUUUUUAAUUCUUAAAACGUGAUCAAAUAUAUUUUUAUUAUUAUUUUGAUUUAUGAUUGGAAUAUUGUUAAAAUGUUAAAUUGUAAUGGGUAUAGUAUAAUACAUACUAACGUGUUAAAAGUAAUAUUCGACAAAUUAAGGCGCAUCUCCUAUAACCUUAUUUAAAAACUAUACUUAUAAAAUAUUUUCUGGAUUAAAAAGUAGUCCCUCGUAUUAAAAUAAAAACAAUUGUAAAAAUGUUUACUUCAAAUACAUUAGAUAUAUUAUAUAAAACGAAUAUAUUUAAGACUCUUUUAACGUUGUUAAGUAUAAUUUUGUGUAUGAUGUUAAGCAUGACGAGUUUUGCAAGUUAAAAAUUAUCAUCCCUUAUUAAGGAUAUUGUUAUACACACCGCAUAAAAUUCAAUAUAAUAUAAUAAAUACAUUCCGUUCUUUAUAUUGUACUGUAUAAGAUUAUAAAGGGAAAAAAUGUUUUCUAUUUUUGUUAAUUAUAUAAUAAUUAGAUAGGUAUAUUAUCUUAUUUGGUUUAAUUAAUAAUAUUAAAUUAAAUUAUUUAUUAUUACCGUUAUUAUAUCGAUUCGUCGUCAAAUUACUCGUCAGAGGGCUACGAAUAUAUAUAUAUACACACAAUAAUACAUAAAAAUGCUAUUAAAUAAAAAAUUAUAAUAAUAUUUAUAAAGAUUAAUUUUGAAUUUGUAUCAGAUUGUCUGUACAUAUAAAGUUCCGCUCACGAAUAUUGACCGCGCAUAUUGUUUGACUCGAACUCGUAGGUAUUUUUUGGUUUAAGUGCGCAUGUGGUUGAAAAUAUUUAAUACCCGUGCUCAAUAUUUUUAAAUCCCCUGGUACUUUAAAAAUACUAUUUAAUGUGUUUUAAAAUUUUUAAUUUAAAUGCAACAAACGUGUAUUUUCAAAAUAAUUCUUUAAAAAAAUAAAUUCUAUAAGACGGAAUUACCUGCUACUAUUAUACUUUUGUCUUAUAUGAAAACUUUUCUGUGCUCUAACUUCCGGUACCCAAUUUCUUAACAACACGCGAGCAUAUUAAUAUUAAUUCCAGUUGAUAUAAAAAAUAUUUAUGAAGUCGGAUAAGGGUAAACAGUUAAUAUCUUUAUCGCACUCAACGGCGGCGGAAUCUAAUUGAUUGUAUAUGCUUAACACGGCAGUGCACGUACAUUUUGAACACUGUUAUCUUUUUCUCGUAAUUGUACCUCGGUGUUUACAAGUUACAACUUUGGACUUACCCAACCCUAUAUUAUUCUGUCUUCCGCAAACAGAAUUCGCCUCUGAUCGAUUUUACAACAAAAUUCGCAUUCGAAAAACAAUAUAACCACUCGUAUACACAUCUAUCGGACAUUCGGAUAUAUAAUUGGUUUUCGAAAUCUCAUCCGAAUAAAAAACGACUUCAUUAUACUACACAAUAUGUUUUUGUCGGAAAUUAAUACGAAAUCGACAAACUCUAAUUUGACGCUGUUGUAAAACGCGGCAUUAUGUUUUCGAGAUCACAGUUAUUAUGAUUAUUUUCAACUCCCCAUCCGAGGGAGAUCGACCGAUCCUCCACCUCCACUCCGAACAUCGUGUACAACACCGCCGUGGUUUUCAAAGCAAUACGUCGCACCUGAAUAUUCUUUUCCCGAGGCAGUCCCUGUCCCCGAAUACUAAUUUUCAAAUACCAAAUAUUUCACGAGCUACUUACACACAACUAUUGAGCUGCAGAUUUGGACCGAAUCGCUAUUGCCUCUUUGUACAUGCUCGUUCACGACCAUAUACAUAUUAUUGUCAGGGGUUUGUUAUUAUGAUUGAAAAUAAGAAAACCCACCAAGUUACGUGCAUAAUACCGUGUUGAAUUUUCAUUUCAUUUUCAUUUUUUGAUAUCUCGAGCAUGUUAUAUUAAUAUUUUUGUCCGACUGAAUUAUUAUUAUUAUUCAUUACUACAUGCAUACUAUAUACUUAUAAUACUAUUAAUA